CAUGGCCGACCGAGACCAAAGCGGCCGUCCGCCGCCACUUCCAUCGGGCUAUGACUACGACUUUGUUACAGAACUAGAUGAAGAUUUUGUCUGUCAGAUAUGCCAGUUACCUUUAAGAAAUGCUGUGUUAACUAGAUGUGGACACAGAUUUUGCCAUGACUGUCUCAAUGAACAUUUCAAACGAAUACAACAUCCUAACUGCCCACUAGACAGAACAAGACUGGAUAAAGACAAGGAUAUUUUUCCAGAUAAGGCAAGUGAGAGAAGGAUUCUCUCUUACUUUGUCAAGUGUCCUAACAGAUGCCAGUGGGAAGGAGAGCUCAGAGAUGUGGAGAACCACCAACAGAUUUGUCCCUACGAGGUUGUGCAGUGUCCAAGUUCCAACUGCCAUGUGUUCCUGGCAAGGAACCUGAUUGAAGAACAUGUGGCCGUGUCGUGUCAAUGGAGAAUUGUUUCUUGCCAAUUUUGCCCAGAAAAGUAUCCAAAAGCUGAAGAAGAUAUUCACAAUGAAACUUGUCCUAAGUUCCCUCUGAACUGUUCCAAUGGUUGUGAACAAGUUGUCCCAAGGGAGCAGAUGUUAAAGCAUUUGGAAACAGAGUGCCACCUUACGCCAGUGUCUUGUCCUUUUCAUGACUUGGGGUGCAACAUGAAAGUGGAAAGAAGAAACUUGGAAACACACGUUCGUGAAGAUACGACUACUCAUUUGAGCUUCGCUUGCAAGAAACUCGCCCUACUGCAGCAAGAAUUUGACGAGGAGAAAAAAACCCUUAAGAAACAACUGGACGACCUGAAAAAGGAAAACAACAAUCUCUUGCUCAAAGUUUCAGCACAGGAGAAAGAAAUGCAUAAGAGCCAGAUGGAAACUCCGAUGUUUGUAUGGAAGAUAACUGGUUUCGGUGAUAUAUUACACCAGGCCAAAGUUGGCCGGAACAAUAAAAUAGACAGCGAUCCCUUUUACACUGGAAAGUAUGGCUACAAGUUAAAACUUUCCGUCAAUCCCAACGGCGACGGAUCAGGCAGGAAUACUCACCUCUCUGCGUUCGUAAUCGUCAUGAGAGGUGAACACGACGCAAUAUUGCCUUGGCCAUUUAAUCAGAAGGUCACAUUUACGCUUAUAGAUCAGCAAGAGAGCCUAGACGAGCGUCAGAACGUUACUAUGCUCUUCAGAGCCAAUACGAAACUAGAUAACUUUGCCAGACCCACUGCAGAAGAAAACCCUGGUCGUGGGUACGCGAGAUUCAUGUCUCACGAGAAAUUGAAAACGAGGCGGUAUUUGGUGGACGACACGUUGUUUAUCCAAGUUGAUGUGGGACCGCCUUCUCUGUGACCCUGAAGAUCCAAAAAUGUUUGUUCGUUAAGAGCAGACGAGUUAAGUCUGUAAAAGACCCACUGUUCCAAAUAAAACAGACAUACCUCCUCAAAGCUUUUCAAGCUCGAAAAGGGUGGAACAAUUCA